AUGGGCGAUAUGGAGAUUCCCUCGAAUAGCAUGCCUCAAGCAGAUACCGCCAAUGGCCAUAUCCACAACGAGUCCAUCAGUAACGGUCAUGCCAGCAACGGUUUGCGGUCUGACGCAGCAAUGCCCAUCGCCAUCUGCGGCAUGGCACUACGACUUCCCGGUGGCCUAACUUCGCCCAAGGAUCUCUGGAAUUUCUUGCUCGCAAAGGGAGAUGCCCGUGGACGUGUGCCCAAUUCGCGCUACAACGUAUCAGCCUUCCACUCCACUGAUGGAAAGCCUGGCUCGGUCGCUACAGAGUACGGGUACUUCCUCGAUGAUUCCGUGGAUCUAGGCGCUUUGGACACAUCUUUCUUCAGCAUGACACGCAGCGAAGUUGAGCGUGCAGAUCCACAACAACGUCUGCUGCUAGAGGUAGCUCGAGAGUGCUUUGAAGACGCUGGUAUCGAACUAUUUGCCAAGGAGCCACAUCAGUAUGGAAUCCAUCGUGUUGUUGGAGUCGGCGACUUUGCCCUCUCUAACCGUUUGUCUUACGAGAUGGACCUUCAAGGACCCAGUAACAAGUCUCACAGUAUGACUCUUCGUACAGCUUGCUCGUCAGCUCUCACAUGCUUGAAUGAAGCCUGUAUGGCGAUAUCCCGCGGAGAUUGUGAGGCAGCCCUUGUAGGCGGUGUCAAUCUCAUUCUCGAGCCAGGAAUGACGAUUGCCAUGACAGAACAAGGAGUCUUAUCCAAAGACGGUAGCUGUAAGACGUUCUCCGCAGAUGCAAAUGGAUAUGCUCGUGGCGAGGCUAUCACGGCUAUUUACGUGAAGCCCUUGGCCGAUGCAAUUUGCGACGGAAAUCCUGUGCGAGCAGUCAUCAGGGGAACCAGUCACAACGUCGACGGCAGAACACCUGGAAUGAGUCAGCCAAGUACCGAUGCUCAAGAGAAACUUAUCAGAAGAGCCUACGAAGUAGCCGGUAUAACAGACUAUAACGCUACUGCUGUGGUGGAGUGUCAUGGCACAGGAACCGCAGUUGGAGAUCCAAUCGAGGCCAAGGCAGUGGCACGUAUCUUUGGCGAGGAAGGAGUUCACAUCAGCUCGAUCAAACCAAACCUUGGUCACGCAGAAGGUGCUUCUGGCUUGGUCUCUGUUAUCAAGAUGGUGCUAGCUCUUGAGAACAGGACGAUACCGCCCAAUAUCCGCUUCACAUCGCCAAAUCCGAGUAUCCCCUUUGAAUCCGCAAAAUUGACGGUACCCGUGGAGGCGAUGCCCUGGCCUACAGGAAAGCUACAGCGAGUGAGCGUCAAUUCUUUCGGCAUAGGUGGAGCCAAUGCGCAUGUCAUUCUUGAUUCAGCGUCGAGAUUUCAAGCGCAGCCCGUCGACAGUUACAGUGCAAGAGGGCCACAAAUUCUCCUGCACUCCGCCAACACCAUUGCUUCUCUGGAUCGGCUGGCAAAGAGCCAUGCCCAAUUUGCGCAGGAAAAUCCUGUCAAAGUCGGUGACAUGGCCUACACACUCGCGUUCAGACGAGAGGCGCUGCCUCACCGAUCUUUCACCAUCGUGAAGGACGGCGGUGUGACCGCGGCCUCCACUCCAGUCAAAUCCGACCCUUCUUCCACGCCCGACGUUGUAAUGAUCUUUACCGGUCAGGGUGCGCAGUGGCCACUGAUGGGCCGUGAAUUGCUCCGAGGCAAUACAGUCUUCCGAGCCAGUAUACAAGCCCUCGAUGGCUAUCUUAAGGCUGUACAGGGAGAGGAUGCGCCGGAUUACUCAAUCGAGGAGGAGCUGCUGAAAGCCGGAAAGAAGAGCCGAGUUGGAAUGGCAACUCUGUCACAGCCUUUUGUCAGCCCUCAGGGGGUGUGUCAACUAGAAUGUUCUACUAUCGUCACAGCUACGUAA